CGUGCCCCAACGCGCAUGCGCCCAGGCCGCCUCAGCCCUUCCCGCCUUCCCCUCCACCGCUCUCUACCCGGAUCGGGGGAGGGGAGAGGGCUGGUCCGCGUCUGCGCGGUAGCGGGUUGGGGCCGGCUACGCAGAGUGCGCAGCUGCCGACGUAGCGUGGAGCCGCAGAUGGAGCCUCCCCGCGGCGCAGCAGUCUCUCUUGCAGGGAAUGAUAAGCUGAGACACGUUGAAAAAGAUGUCUUGAUUCCGCAAAUAAUGAGAGAUCGAGCUAAGGAGCUGUGUUCAGAUAAAGUGCAAGCCUUUACUAAAUGUUGCAAAGAAACCGGUUUUCUUAUGGUGGUGAAGUGUCGGCAAGAGAACACAGCACUGAAAGAUUGCCUCGUUGGCUACUAUACUGAUCCAUCAUUUUAUGAAGAAUGCAAAGCAGAAUAUUUGAAGCAGAGAGAAGAAUACAGAGCAACUGGAAUUAAGAAAAAAAGGCAAAAGAUUACUUCAAAUGUAUAGUUAAAAUUUAAAAUGAACUGUUGCAGUUUUAUAUUCAACUUAAUGAUUUGACUUGAUUUAAACAGACUUCUUAGAUCAUUGGUAUCUCUUUGAAUGAAAUCGAGCAGAAAGUCAGUAAAUGAAAUGUAUGGUAAAGAGAAAUCUCUGAAGCUGAAGGUCACCAUUUCUCAUUUUCUGUACUUAGAGUUAUAAUGCAUGCAAUUUCUCUUGCAAACCAUGACAGCAAAGGCCUGUUCCUCCAUCUGGACUUGAGAUUUUGUUACCAGUUAACAAACAGCCUUUUGAAAUUUAAAGCUUGUAUCUAGUUAUAUGUGGCAGGCUUCACAAAAAAUUAGGGGUGAAUAAAUGUAAGCUCUAUUAACAAAUUAUAAAUUGGGAUAUACUAAAACUGGUCUCUUUUUCACCUGAAGCUGAGGGUAUAUGGAAAUGUUUUUGAUGCUCUUGCUAGAAGGGUGGCAAAUGCAGAAAAGAAGAGCGUCUUGGACCAAUUUUCUUUAUCUUUUUCAUGAAAACACUGAGUUGUAAGAGCUCAAUAUUGCUUCUACCUGCUCUGUGACUUACCAUUUGAGUCUGUAAUACCAGAAGAGAUGGAUGCUUCAUGCCCUUGUGUGGCACAACUACCUGCUUCAGCUCCAGAGGAGAACUCAAGAGUUGUCCCAUCUGGACUUUCCUUGAGAAUGGAAAGAGGCACAAUGGGGGCAAGAAAUCAUUGAGAGGAAUACCUUCACCCCACUGUCAUUUUUUCAGCAUGAAGAUGACUAUAUACCCAUCCACACUUCAGGAGCGACCACACUUGUGAAAUGAUUAUGGAUGAUUAAACAGCUGAACUACAUACUUAAGAUGCAGGUCAGUUUUUAAACAUCAAUUAAUGCUUACAGUUAGUUUCUACAACAGCAAGUCCCUUUAUGAAAAGGGGCACGCAAAGGAUUUUUUGCAUACAGAUACUUGAAGCUACAUAACUGUAGAACUCUAAAAAGUGCAGUUAUUAAUCUAUAAAACUCUUCAUAUUACUGUUUUGGGAUACAUUCUGUAUACCUGAAAUAAGAAAUUUCUUUGAGUGUGGAAAGGCUACAGGAGAUAUUUGUUCACAUGGUAACCUUCAUGUCAUGAUAUAAAAAAUGAAAUAAAAUCUUCAGCGUAAGUAAUAAAAUUUGCAACGUUUGCAUUUAACUUAA